AUGACUGAUCAGACUCCCCCAGGUCACUCUCCAGAAGGAUCGCUUCGUGUCUCACCAGGAACAAAGGCCUAUUUGGUUCAAUACAUCGAGUCGCCGGGUUCUCCAAGCCUGCCGCUCAGCAUUUACCAACGCAGGCCUGCUCGUCGCCCGCCUCUCAGAGUUGAUACGGAGAGCCUGGAUCACGCGACCUCUCCAUUUGCCUUACUGACGGAUUCGGCUACUCGCUUCCAGCUGCCGAAGAUCUCACCAUCGGAUUUUGGACCCCAUGAAAGUGGUCAAACAGACAAGGAGCCAUCGCACGAGGAAGUAGAAAGUGACACCGACUCCGAGCCUACCGGCGACUCAAGUGUCCUCCUCUCUGACCUGCUUGACCAUCUUGAAGAGGCAGCGGCUCUUUCUCCUGGGCCUAUUCUCAAGUCCACGGUCACGUCCUCAUCCGGCCCCUCGGACUACUUCAGCAUUGCAGACACAAAAGCCGAGACGGAGGUGGACAGUUUGGAAUCCAGUCAAUCUCUUGCAACGCCUGAAGAUAGUCCACCUCUAGAGGCAUAUACUCACGGUUGUACUCUCAUUGAGUCGUACCAGGAGCUCGUGGAAGAAUUUCCGCUGGAUGCUACUUCGGAGACCGUUGCCACUCAGAAAAACAGCAUUGAUUCUCAGUCAGUGGCCAGCUUUGUCUUUGACACCGGUACCGAGGUGAACCCGCCGGUUACUCCAAAGAAGCAACGGAAAUCCAGUGCUUCUGCGCCUGUUCUGUCGCCCACAUUCUUCGGCCCGUUCCCAACGCCUUUCUCGCAUCGUCAAUUCAUUUCACCCUCGCCCUCUGGGUCUCUGCGGUCUCCAAGUUCAUCGUCCGCUUGCGAAUCUACUUCCCCCUCCCCGCAACCCCGGCUUAGCCUGAAGAGGAAAGAUUCUACCCGCCCCAGACGACACAUUUCCGACAUCUUCAAGCAGCGGCAGGCCUUAGCCAAGCAUUAA